UUAUCCUGAGACGAACCUAUUUUCGUCGGAACUGUCCCCUCUACCUUUCUCUCCAACGAACAGCCAAAAAGACUCACCGGUGUGUUCUCUCUCUCUCUCUCUCUCUGUGCAACGAACAGCCGAAAAGACUCAUUGGUGUGAUCACAAAUCGUGUUAUACCUGUUAUUCUCAGAAAACUGUAUGAUUUCCACUCUCAAGCCUAAAAGAGGAGCAGCGGGCGAUCGAAGGAAGCACCAUGAACGUCCCACAUCCUUUUAUUUCCAAAAGUGUUGCUGGUGCAACCAAUAGGAAACUCUAACAGUAUCCGAGAUCUCGAGACUCCGUCUUUUCGUUCAGGACAUCCAUGGGUAAUCUUUUCAGCUAUCUUCGCGGGCACAGUGAACCGAAGCCACUUCUGUUAUCAGGUUCUGUUUCUGAUUCAGAAGAUGAGGAAUCUGAAGUUGCUGGAAAAAUAUGCUAUAUUGCAGCUUUUGAUGAGCUUGAAGAAGGCCAUGUGCAAUAUGAUACUAUCAUUUGGGUCCUGAUAUCAUUGCUGCUGGUUUUAGCCUGGGGAGUUGGGCUGGUUAUGCUUUUGUAUUUGCCUGUUAAAAGAUACAUAUUGCGUAAGGAUUUACAUUCACGAAAACUUUAUGUUACUUCGGAAGAGAUUGUUUACAAGGUGUCAAGACCUUCAUUUCUGCCAUUUUUAGGUUCCAUAAAAAUUGAGAAACGCAUGUUUCUGCCUCUGGUCAUUGGUGUCGUUAUUGAGCAAGGGUGCUUGCAGUCUAUUUAUGGAAUCCAUACAUGUAGGAUUGAAAGCGUAGCUUCUGGCAAAACUGCACCAGUGGAUGAGUUGCAGGUUCAAGGAGUGACAAAUCCAGGACAAUUGCGGAAGGUGAUUAUGGUGGAAGCUGCAAGGUCCAUCCAAGGAGUUGGGAGAUAUGGAAAGCCCUCAACAGGUGAAGCAGACAAUGUUAUCGUACAGAGUGGAUCCGUAAAUGAAGCUUCCUCAUUAGGCAGAUCAUUGGCUUCAAGUAUGAAGAUGACAGCAUCACCACCGUAUCCAUGUCUGGAGCCCAUGGCAUCAAUCCGUAGCGAACUCAUGCUAAACAAACUUGAAGAAAUAGAGCACUCUGUGAAGAAAAUUGAAUCAUUACUUGAAGGCUCUUAGGAAACAUUGGAGGGGGGUUGGUUGAUAUUGAAGAUUAGUUGUACCAUCACUAUUUUUGUAUAUCUCAGUUAUAUUGUGUUUUAUUACCAAGGCGAUGUAAUUCAUUUAUGUUUCUUCAUCUCUCAUACAAACAAGGUAUCUCUAUUAGCAUAGUGGAGGGCCAUCCAGAAUGCUGAUUGUAUCACAAGUGUGAUAGAUAUUUGCCA